CGUUAAUUUCAACACUAUUUCAUUUCGCAUUUGCAUUUCAUUUGCAUUUCAAUUUUAUACUUCCCUCUUUUCUCUCUCUCUCUCUCUCUCUCUCUCUCUAUUACAGAACUCCGCCUUGAGAGUUCAUACUCUGCUUCUCGAUCUUUCUCUCUCUUUUCACUUUCUCUCUCAUUUCCAAUGGUGUAUAUACAGAAUCACUAAUUUAUAUAUUUUUGUAGAUAUAUUACAAACACAGAGUUUUUGGAGUUUCAAUGGAGACGAUUAGCUUAUUUAGCUUCGGCGAUUUUUCAUCUACUGCUGUUUUCUCAACUUCUAAGGAGUUUUGAAUAAUAAACGGUAUUUGGAAACUCUGUUGUGGUGGAUCUACAAAAACUAACUACAGCUGUUGGAUUUGUGCUUUGAUUUCUGUUGGCUGAAGCAUGUGCACUGGCCCAGAAAGACCCAAUUCUAGUUCAUCUACCAACCAAUCCAUUACUGAUUCUAAAUCUAGUAUGAAGGGUAUUGCUAAACUCACGGUUGAGACUGAAGAUUCUUUUUCUAGUUUGCUUGAACUUGCUGCAAAUAAUGAUCUUGAAGGUUUUAAAAGAUCUGUUGAGCGCGAUGCUUCUGCUAUUGAUGAGGUGGGCCUAUGGUUGGUUCGCAAGAAAGGCGCAAAGCAGAUUGUUAAUGAGGAAAGAACUCCUUUAAUGGUAGCAGCCACAUAUGGAAGCUUAGAUGUUUUGAAAUUGAUUAUCUCUAAUCCAGUGGUUGAUGUUAAUCGUGCUUGUGGUCCUAACAAGUGCACAGCUCUUCACUGUGCAACAUCUGGUGGUUCUGUCAAUGCUGUUGAUGUAGUUAAGUUUCUGCUAUCAGCUGGUGCCGAUCCUAAUAUUGAGGAUUCUAAUGGUCAGCGGCCAGUGGAUGUGAUUGUUGUUCCUCCAAAGCUUCAUGGUGCUAGAGCUUCUCUUGAAGAACUGCUUCUGAAAAAUUCAUCUGAUGGUUCAGUUGGUGAGUGCAAAUUGAGAGUAUCUGUCACUACUUCAAAUGGAUCCUCUCCCGUUCUAUCCUCAUCACCAGAGAAUGGAUCUCCAUUUUCACCAUCCGAUUCCUUGUGUUCCCCUAUGACAUCAAAGUUCAGUGAUAUCCCUGCUAAUUCUGCACCAGAGAAAAAAGAAUAUCCAAUAGAUCCGUCUCUCCCUGAUAUCAAGAACAGUAUCUAUUCGACAGAUGAGUUCCGCAUGUUCUCUUUCAAAGUCCGGCCUUGUUCUAGGGCCUAUUCUCAUGACUGGACAGAGUGCCCAUUUGUCCACCCAGGGGAGAACGCUCGCAGAAGAGAUCCAAGGAAGUACCAUUAUAGCUGUGUGCCUUGUCCUGAAUUUCGCAAGGGUGCAUGCCGGCGGGGUGAUAUGUGUGAAUAUGCUCAUGGGGUGUUUGAGUGCUGGCUGCACCCUGCUCAGUACCGAACGCGCCUGUGCAAGGAUGGUACAAGUUGUGCAAGGCGAGUCUGCUUUUUUGCCCAUACUACUGAGGAGCUUAGGCCCUUGUAUGUUUCUACUGGAUCUGCAGUUCCAUCUCCUCGGUCAGCUGCUUCUGCAGCUACUGUGAUGGACAUGGCUGCAGCACUGAACCUUUUUCCUGGCUCGCCCUCAGCACACUCUGUCAUGUCUCCUCCUGCUUUCAACCAACCCAUGUCCCCUACUGCCAAUGGAAUGUCUCAUCCGUCUGCACCAUGGCCUCAGCCAAAUGUUCCCGCUCUUCAUCUACCUGGAAGCAAUCUACAGUCCAGCCGCCUGAGGUCUUCCCUUAGUGCACGUGACAUUCCGCCCGAGGAUUUCAGCAUGUUGCAUGAUUUUGAUGCACAGCAACUAGUUCUGAAUGACAUGGCUUGUUAU